AGGCUAAACAAGCAUGUGCUCUCGACGUGAGCGAUGUUCUUUUCGGAUCCAGCAAAUUUAACCUGCUACCCUCCCCCGCAUUCUAUGGAAACCAUCAAGAGACUAGUUGAACAAGCCUCCCCCCCUGUCUUCUUCCUCUUCUCUUAUCCCCCGACCCUCCCUCCAAAUUCCCAGCAUCCUUAAGAGUAGACAUGCGGCAGAGAGGAAGAUAGCGAGGGAGAGUUGUCGAGUGCAUCACUUCCUCACCCCGACGACCAGAGAAAAGGCAGAAGACGGUAAAAUGUGGGAACACUCAGUAUUUUCUCGCUAACGUGCGCGUCCUAAACUCUCCUCCCUUUUCUGGGUGGUGGGGUUGAGGUGGUGGUGAUUGUGGGGUGAUGUGAACGCACACGGCUGCGUUGGCUUCUCGUCAGACGCUGUCCAAGACCUCGCAGAUAUUCAGUCGUGACGUCCCUCCGCUCUGCUCCUGCGCUCCUCUUAACAUUCCGCAUUUUUUUUGACGAGACGGCGCUGCCUGCCGCCGCCGCAUCCUCUCCUGACGCUUCACACGGAAAUCUCUUUCUCUCUAUUUUUCGGAUAAACCAAGUUCACAAUGACAGCUACCAAGGAGCAGCCGAACCAGAGACCGAAUCAACCGCCGCAGGACGAGGACCUUGGUGGGGUGAGUCCUCCUCAGAGGAACUGGAAAGGGAUCGCCAUCGCCCUGCUCGUCAUCCUGGUGGUCUGCUCCCUCAUCACCAUGUCAGUCAUCCUCCUAACCCCAGCUGACAAUCAAGCUGGAAGUGACACCAAACUGACCGUGGAGGAUUUGUUCAAACCCGAGUUCAAGGUUCACGACCCAGAGGCCAAAUGGGUCAAUGAUUCUGAAGUCAUCUACAGGAACAGUGACGGCCACGUCAUCAAAUUCAACAUCCUAACAAAUGAGACAGAGAUUGUCUUAACUAACACAACGUUUGUAAAUUUCAACGUGGCCAAGUACUCCAUCUCCCCUGACCUGAAAUAUGUCCUCUUCGCAUAUGAUGUGAAACAGGUUUACCGCCACUCCUUCAUGGCCUCCUACAGCAUCUACAACAUUCACACACGUGAGGUAUGGGAGCUUGACCCUCCGGAGGUCAUAAACUCAGUCCUGCAGUACGCCGCCUGGGGGGUGCAGGGCCAACAGCUGAUCUACGUUUUUGAAAAUAACAUCUACUACCAGUCAGAUGUCAAGAGUAACUCUCUCAGGCUCACAUCCUCUGGGAAGGAAGGGGUGAUUUUCAAUGGGAUUGCUGACUGGCUGUAUGAAGAGGAGAUCCUUCAGACCCACGUGGCACACUGGUGGUCGCCUGAUGGAGAACGACUGGCCUUCCUCGUCCUGAAUGACAGUUUGGUGCCAACCAUGGCUUUACCUCGUUUCACUGGCAUGGUGUACCCCAAAGGGAAGCAGUAUCCAUACCCCAAGGCCGGCCAACCCAACCCUGUGGUGAAGCUCUACGUUGUCAAUCUCUAUGGGCCGACGCACACACUGGAGCUGAUGCCUCCAGAGACUCUCAAACUACGGGAACAUUAUGUGACCAUGGUAAGGUGGAUCAGCAAGACCAAGACGUCUGUCAGGUGGUUGAACCGGGCCCAGAACAUCUCCAUCCUGACUGUGUGCGACACCACAACUGGGGCAUGCGUCACGAGACAUGAAGAGACCUCAGACCUCUGGCUCUCUAAGCAGAAUCAAGAGCCAGUGUUCUCCAAAGACGGCAGCAGAUUCUUCCUGACUGUCCCGGUCAAACAAGGAGGACGUGGAGAGUUUCAUCACAUUGCUAUGUUUACUACACAGUUCAGAGCAGAUCAAAAUGAAGUGCGGCAUCUAACAUCAGGAAACUGGGAGGUGACCAAGAUCAUUGCCUAUGAUGAAAACUCUGACAACCUGUAUUUCCUCAGUACAGAGGGUUCAUCACGAAGACGCCAGCUGUACAGUGUUAAAACUGUGGGUUUGUUCCCACGACGAUGUUUAACUUGUGAGCUAAACAAAGCUCACUGUCUGUACUUUGAUGCAGACAUCAGCCCCACAAACCAGCACAUCAUUCUCUACUGUAAAGGUCCUGGAGCCCCUACUGUGAUCUUACACAGCCUCAACAACUCAAAUUACUACAUCCUUGAGAACAACUCUGUGUUGAAGGCGGCCUUAAAGUACAAAAGGAUCCAACUGACUGACUUCAGAACUGUUCCAGUGGAACAUUUUGACUUGCCUCUGAAGAUCUCCUACCCGCCCGACUUCUCUGACUCCCGUCACUAUGGGCUACUGUUGUUGGUUGACAGCGCCCCUGGUGGCCAGGCUGUGAGCGACUGCUUCUCUCUCAGCUGGGACUCUGUCUUGGUCAGCUCUGACAACAUCAUUGUGGCUCGUCUGGAUGGCCGGGGCAGUGGCUUCCAAGGCCAGAGGAUCCUCCACGAGGUUCACCAGAGGCUGGGGACGGUUGACGUUCAGGACCAGAUUGCAGCAGUAGAUUACAUAAUGAAAUUUCCAUAUAUUGAUCGUACACGAAUAGCAGUGUUUGGAAGGGGUUAUGGAGCAUACAUAACAUUAAUGAUGCUCAAGUCCACCGACAUUCUCUUUAAAUGUGCAUGUGCAAUGUCUCCGGUGACAGACUGGAAACUCUACGCAUCAGCGUUCUCUGAGAGAUACCUCGGCAUGCCAUUACGGGAUGACAGCAGAUAUCAGUUUUCCAGCGUGCUGCAGAACAUCCAGGCACUUAGGGAGCAGACACUAAUGCUGGUGCACGGCACAGCAGAUGCCAACAUCCACUUUCAACAUUCUGCUGAGCUCGUCAAGAGCCUUGUAAAAGUUGGAGCAAACUACUCAAUGCAGAUCUACCCAGAUGAGGGCCAUUUCCUCUCCCUCCAGAGUCACCAGCAUCUCUACGCCACACUGACCGGUUUCUACAGAGAAUGUCUGAAGGAGGAGUUGCUACCACUGCCUGCGGAAGACGGGGAGGAGGAGGAGUAGCAGGCAGGAGGCCUGGAGGGUUAGACCUUUGGCAGAGCUUAAGAGAAUUUUGCUAAAAUCCGUCAAGGCCUUUCGCAUUUGGACCAACUGUUUAUCCAGACAUGGACACUGCGUUAGAGUGGCUAAUGCUCUUAGGUAGGUGUGUGUGUGUGUGUGUGUGUGUGUGUGUGUGUGUGUGUGUGUGUGUGUGUGUGUGUGUGUGUGUGUGUGUGUGUGUGUGUGUGUGUGUGUGUGUGUGUGUGUGUGUGUGUGUGUGUGUAAAUGUCUUGAGUAAGUAACUAAAGGACACAACGGUGACUCUUGCCGGCCCGGAGCUGAAGGCAGGGGACUCCCCUCCACCCACAUGUCAUUUCCAUUUGGGAGCGCUCCGUUUCUUGACGAAGCACACAGAAGACUGCCUCCACCUUUUGCAGUCUGGACUUGGCUGCAGUCAUUCACACGUAACCAAGUGCAUGGUUCUUUUCCCCCCACGUUUGCUAUGUCUCCUUCGUAGUCACACACGGACAGAAGAUACCACAGAUGCACACUCUGGAUCACACUCUUCUCUCUUUGGUUGUCAUAUUGUUGCACAAGGAAACGCUACAGUAUCUGCAAAGAGGUUCACCAAGCUGAUGCUGAAUAAGUGCAAUUUUCUAAUUAAACCCUCAUCUCCGUCAUCUCUUACCACAAAUGGACUCUACCAUUGUAGGUCACACGUUAUGGUACAGGGGUCUUGUGUAGACAUGUACACUGCCUUAUAAGGUUCAACAUACUGUCAUAUUAUUUGCUGGCAUAGGUAGUCGUCAGUUAGCAGCGUAAUGUUAACCUAUGUCAACUCAGGUCCUCGAGACAAAACAUUGCAGUGAGUUUAGAAGCAGUUUCAAAACGUUGUCAAGUGUAUGGUUAUGAAUGACGUGUAUUGGUCACAGUAAUGUCCAAUUCAGGCCACACUGCAAACGUUCUAUCGUAAUACUAUCAUGACAUUUAACCGUUUUAUUUUAUAUCAAGGGAUUAAGCCUCUGUGGUUUGAGAAGAUGUUGCAUUGCAUCUCCACCAGAUUCAAGAGUUGGUUUCUUUUUUUUCUGGACACUCAUAGUUCAGUAAAAAAGUGAGAACUGGAUGUACUAAGAUGGGCAAUUUUACAGUAUCAGUAAGGUGUUGCAUGUCUACAGGGAAUGUGUCAAGUGUUGCCACAUUUUGUACAGUACAAUACAGCAGAGUGUGUACAUAAAUAUAUUUUUGAGAUGUCAAAUCUCAUAGAAAGUUUAGUCUAUGGUAAAGGAUUGAUUUGACCUCGACGUAUUGUACUUUUUUGUAUGUUUUCUUUUGAGUUGUUAAUUAUCUUGAAUGGAUGGAUUUUGUAAACCGUCUCCUUGUUUUUUGCUGUUUGAAGGGGAAGGGGCAGGGCUGAGGACGGGGAGCUAUUGUGAUUGUCCGCUAGUGAUGGUAUAAAUAAAAAACACCUUAAAAACAUGGAGAGACGCAAAAGACGCUCACUUAAGCAGUUUAAUCUGAUCAGCUGUUUGAGAGAAUGGAUAAUCCAUAAUCCAGUCAUCUGUACAUAUUUAUUUAAUACUCCAGAGCCACAUUAUGGAGGUGAAGGAGACCUACGGUACAUUUUUUCUAACAGAAAUGAUCUACGUGUCCUAAGCUGCCACAACACCUCUGGUCUAUGACUCUCAUAAACGGCACAAACUGUCUAACCUAACGGAUGGAAAGUAUUAUCCUCAUAUCUAUAGUUUGAUAGGCUGUCGUUCCACAAGGUCUUCAUUGUGCAGGGAGAGACAAGACGUAUGAGUACAGUACACACAUGCAGGGGGGGUAACAGAACUGUAGUGUUUGUGUUUCCCUCCUGUGUUGUAUGACAGGCCCUAGAGUAGCAAAGCAACCAAACUGCAUUAUACCAUAAUCUCUAUAUGGAAUUAUAUUCAGGCCUGCAGCUCCUCAGAUUCAUUGCUACUUUCUGGCUAAUUCAUUGCUCUACUUUAGGCCAAAUAUUUUGUUUGCUUAGGUUGCUUUCAUUUUGUUUUGCAUUGCUGAACUGAAGAUCUUACCCUCUACACUGUAUUUUAAUCUGCAACAGUCACUUAUCAUAAAAAAGAGAACAUGGAUGCACAGCAAGCCUGACUCUGUAACGUCUCACUCAAGUCACCAAUAAAUAUUUUACAUCUCGUUUGUUUAA